AUGCCGUCCGAAGAAUACUUAGCAUCUUUGGGCUCGUACAGCACAGUCGUGGCUGCCAUCAUUAGCCUGGCUGCCCUUCUCCUCACAACGCAGGGUUGGUCGCUAGUCAGCAUUGCUUCUCGAAAGGCUUGGGCAACCAUCCGGCCAUCAGACGCCCAAUGCGCGCGCCAUCGAUGGGAGGAUAUACAAGGCUAUGAACUCCACAUCUGCACUUCCAUGUGGCCUAAAGACUGUCAUGAGAGUGUGCAUUCGCAGGACAAGGCUUGCUGGAACCAGACCGUUCUCAAGGUCAUCAAUUGCUGGCAAGCCAAUGCUUCUGAACGUGUUGUCGAGAAACCCGAGCAACUUCCACUCAGCAAAAACUUCAUUCAAGUUGAUUACAAGGUCAUUCUUGCAUUUAUCUUCAUGUGUUCGACUUGGGAAGAUGAUGCAUACGACGCUAUCUAUGCCAAGGAGGGUGGACUUUACGUCGCGGGUGUGGAGAUGAGGCUGCAAGAGCUGGAUUCUGGCACUCUGAUCGUCCAUUUGAAGGGGAACUUUACUAGGAAACUCACCAAGCACUACGUGGAUCGAUUGGCCCGGGGACAUCCACCUUUGGUUGAUGAUCCUUUGGGCUACAGUAUCACGAAAGAAAACGACGAAGCAAGAGGUGGAUGGGUCGUCGCGCUUGGGUUCGAUCCAGAAAUGACAGAAAAACUGUUCCUUCCCGUCUACUUGGACUGCGUACGCCACCGGACACUGAGCGGCCACGUAUUUUGGCGGUCAAUGGAUCGUGUGCUGGACAUCAUGGUCAAUAUCUGGCUGAAAUGCUUUUCAAGCGAUUCAGAAUCAAGCAGGCGAAUCGCCAAAGCAAUAAGGGCUAUCAAAUACAUCAAGACGGGCCGAACCAUAAGUGGAGGGGACAGCAUAUUCAAUGUUGGUAGACCCACAGUGCCUCCAACUGGAUCACAGAAACGGAAGAUCAUUGAGCAUUUCAAUGGUUCACCAAGAAUAUCAGAGGAUAUACAAGCUGCGUUUCAGGCUGAGUGGGAACCAUUGCUGACAAAUGUCCUGGUAGCUGCUGUGGAAGGCUGCAUGACUUGCAUCGCUUACCUCCAAAAAGAUGGCCGUGAGCUAGGAGAAGCACUAGACAUUGAUCGAAUGAGAAACUCGACGAUAUAUGUGAGGGGCUGCUAA